AUGGAGAAGCAGACUUCUAAUUUCAGCACCACGAACAGCUCCCUCCCAAAACAGCCACUUUAUGCAGGAGGCUUGCAACCCUUAGAUGCCAGGGAAUGGACUUUUGUCAUACCCACCCUGCUACUUGGCAUCUGCUUGAUAGGAAUCGCUGGUAAUCUGUGUGUGAUCUCCAUCAUCCUUCACAAUGCCAGGAAAGCCAAACCUUCUAUGAUCCACUCCCUGAUGCUAAAUCUUAGUGUGUCAGACCUCCUCCUGCUUAUGUUCUCCGUGCCAUUUAGAGCUGCAGCAUAUUUUAAAUCCACAAUAAUCCUGGACUGGUUUGUUUGUAGGACAGCAGACUGGUUCACCCACGUCUGUAUGUCCUCUAAAAGCAUCACCAUCGCCGUGGUGGCCAAAGCCUGCUUCAUGUAUGCCUGUGACCCUGCCAGACAAGUGAACAUCAAACAACAAACUAUCUGGGCUGUUAUGUUAUCCACAUGGAUUGUAGCUGCAAUUCUGCCCUUGCCUGAGUGGAUCUUCACAGUUACAAAACAGGUCAAUGGCAAUACUGUGUGUAUCCUGGAUGUACCAGAACAAGCACAAGAGAUAAUGGCAAUUUAUGUGAAACUUUACCCAAUACUUGUCUACUGUAUUCCAUUCACCAUUGCUUUCUUCUAUUUCUGGAGAGCGUAUGCCCAAUGCCAACGCAGAGGAACUAAAACGCAAAAUUUAAGAAACCAGAUCAGAUCCAGAAGAUUAACUAUGAUGUUCCUCAGUGUUACUGUCACUUUUGCCAUCAUGUGGAUUCCAGAAUGGGUAUCGUGGCUGUGGGCUUGGCAUCAAGCUCCAAAUGGUCCAUCUCCACCUAAAGCUUUCAUGGCUUUGGCUCAAAUCCUUAUGUUUUCUCUGUCUUCUAUAAACCCACUUCUAUUUAUAGUUAUGUCGGAGGAGUUCAAAGAAGGUUUCAAGGGUGCCUGGAAACAUUUCACAUCCAAAAAAACACUUUCUGUUUCAGACGUUCCAGAAGAGGAGACUGUAGAUUCUGGGGCUCUACAGGAUGCUGCUCCUUCUCCAGAACAACCCCCCAAAAAUGGCCAUUUAGAACAAUCUUGCUCCCAGCAAAAUUUUGGAAGCCAAGAGAGUAAAGACAACCAGGUGCUCCCAGAUGUAGAGCAGUUUUGGCAUGAAAGAGAAGCUCAUUCAUCUGAUCAGAGUAAUGAUCCUAUUCCAUGGGAACACCAAGAACAGCAAACAGUAGGAUGA